AUGUUGGGCCUCAAGUGGGGUGACGUCUCCUUGGGCAAGUCGGCGCAUGGUCCAUACGUCUCGGUUCGCUUGCGCUGGCACAAGAAGGCAAGUGUUGAGAAGGAAUGCCAAGUAUACCACUUGGUGAAUGAAGACUCAUACCCAUGCCUUCGUGUGUGCGGGCUGUAUGAGGACUACGUCGACAAGAUUGCGGCGACUCUCAUGCAGACAUCGAAGGAUGCCUUUGUGUUCCCGCAUGUGUCGAUGCUCCCAAGUGGAAACGUCAAGGUUGACUGGUUCAAGGCAAUGGAGCAAAACUUUGUGCGCCGACAGCUCAACGACAUUGUCGAGUCAACGGACAACAUCGCAGCUGCGGUGAUGAAGUGUCUGCGCGUGGAGUCAGUCUUGUCGCAACACGUUGGGCUGCCCGUGGCAAAGCGGCAGCAGACAAUGCAAGAAUUCGUGCUCAACAAGUUUCAGCGUGGUCAAAUCGUCGUGUGGAAGGCCGACGGCGAAACAGUGGUAUUCAUGUCUAAGAGCCUUGGCGUUUCCCGCACGGCCAUUUAG